AUGGGCCGCGUCAAACGAUCAGUCGACGAUAUCGAAUUAGCGAAUAAAUCUGACUCAGAUGAUGACGACUACAGCGACCACCCCGUUCAAAAUAGUCGACGUUCAGCGUCGAAGUCCAAAUCGAAAAGAAAGUCCCGUCCCGCGAAGAAGAAGGCGCGCCAUGAUUCUGAUAUCACCUCUGACGACGAGAUUAGUGAACUCGGGGAGUCUUAUUCCGAGGGUUCACAUGAAGAGGAUGAAGCCGAUGCCCCAAGGAACGCGCGAGGUAUUCCCGCUCGAAGGGCUGCCGCCAAUAGACCACCGACCUAUGAUGAGGGCUCGGAGGGUAUAGAGGAUGAAGAAGAAGAAGAAGACGCUAUCCCUUCCCCUAAGAAGGUGGUGAAGCUGAAAGUCAAUGCCCUAAAGCGACAGGCACCGCAGGAUAACUUCCCAGGCUCUCGGCGUACGACUCGACGAACUCGCGAUCCAUCCGACGAUAUAUACGCGUUGACAAACUCUGGACGCCAUGUUCAGACGAUACAGAGGGGCACGCAUAGUCCGGAAGCAGAGCGGGGUCGUCGGUCAUCACGCGGGUCGAAGCGCGCUCCCGAAGCUGAGGCUGUGGUCGAAGCCGACGAGGAAGACGAAAAGAUGGAGGAUCCAGAGGUCAUUGAAGAAACUUUGACCGAUAUCAAGACUUCACAGCUAGAGAUCCAGGAGAGUGCUCCGAACUCCUUCAGAGAUGAUGUUGGACAAGACGCACCUGCCGAGGAUGAAGGCUUUGUGCCGGAAUCUGAAAACGGUGAUGGCAAUGCAAAAGGAGACGACGACGACGAUGAUGACGACGGUCCAACCACAAGGCGACGAAGUAGACCGAACCGCAGUCAGAAUACCGAAGAAGCUACACAGGCAGACGAAGAAGAAACUGGGCUCCGCCGCUCUAGCCGAAAGAAACCAAGGUCUUCGCAGCGGAAAAAUGACGAGGAAAGCGAUUUUGAGCCCGAGGAAGAAGACACCCACGACGAGGAUGAGUUAUCGCAGUCUGGAAAAUCUCAAGGUUCCCCGCGCAAAGGGAGCCAAGCUCAGGAUGAUGAUUAUGAAAGCUCAACUGGCCGACGCCCGGGCCUCCGUAAGAGGGCUUCUCGGUCACGUGGGGAGUCCGAGGCCGUCGACAUUGCAGAGGAGCUGGCCGAAGAACUUCAUGAUCUAAGAGGAAGCCGUCCGCGCCGCCGAGUACAUCAAGAAAUUGUUUAUGAGAAGCCCAGACGCAGCCGCAAGGAUGUUGAUUACCGCAUUAUCCGCCCUGAUCUGGCCCUGCCGAUAGAAGAGGCUGAGAAUGAAGUCAAUGAAUCCCCUUCGCGCCGAGGCCGUGGUGGAGGUGGCAACACCUGGCAGCGAUCGCUGUUCCCAACCUAUGGGCCAUUUGGAGGCGGCGGGCCAUCUGCAAUUCUGGGACCUCCCGGAGCACACGCUGCCACUGGAGGAGUUGAUAGUGACAGUAGCGACGACGAAGGGAUGCAGCAUCCUAAAGGGUCAAUAUCAGGGCCAGCUGGUGGUGUUCUACCUCUUCCUGGUGUCUUCGCGCCCCAAACGCACAGUGCCGAUGCAGUGCAAGGCCACUCUGGCACUCCAGCGAACUUUGGUCGCGUCAAGGACAAGCAGGCACUGGCCGACGCAGAUCCGCUGGGCGUUGAUAUGAACGUCAACUUUGAUAGUGUAGGAGGAUUGCAAGGUCAUAUUGACCAGUUGAAGGAGAUGGUGUCUCUUCCGCUUCUCUACCCAGAGAUCUUCCAGCGAUUCCACAUUGUGCCUCCUCGUGGUGUUCUCUUCCAUGGACCUCCGGGAACGGGUAAGACUUUGCUGGCCAGGGCUCUGGCAAACAGUGUCAGUUCCGAAGGCCGCAAAGUCACAUUCUAUAUGAGAAAGGGUGCUGAUGCGCUGAGCAAAUGGGUGGGAGAGGCUGAAAGGCAGCUUCGUCUUCUUUUCGAAGAGGCUCGCAAAAACCAGCCAAGUAUCAUCUUCUUCGACGAAAUUGAUGGAUUGGCACCUGUCCGGUCAAGUAAGCAGGAGCAAAUUCACGCGUCGAUCGUCUCCACUCUUCUGGCAUUGAUGGACGGUAUGGAUGGCCGUGGCCAAGUCAUUGUAAUUGGUGCCACGAAUCGUCCCGACUCUAUUGACCCUGCUCUUCGUCGUCCGGGCCGUUUUGACCGCGAGUUCUACUUUCCCCUGCCCAACACCGAAGGCCGCCGUGCUAUCCUAGACAUUCACACUAAAGGCUGGGAUCCACCACUGCAAGAUGCCAUCAAGGAUGAGCUUGCCGAAAUCACCAAAGGCUAUGGAGGUGCAGAUUUGCGAGCUCUUUGCACGGAAGCCGCACUGAAUGCUGUUCAGAGGAGGUAUCCUCAAAUUUACAAGUCUGAAAAGAAGCUCCUGAUCGACCCGAAGACGAUUGAGGUUGCGCCGAAGGAUUUCAUGCUUGCAAUCAAGAAAAUGGUCCCUUCUUCAGAAAGGUCUACAUCAUCCGGUGCUAUGCAAUUGCCCAAGUCAGUUGAACCAUUACUACGUCAGCCCUUAGUCGAACUCAAGAGUAUGCUUUCAGAAAUCCUUCCACAGCGCAAGAGACUCACCGCUCUGGAAGAGGCACAAUAUGAGGAGCCGAGAGAAUCGUCAAGGGGUUUCCAGCGCGAGCAAAUGCAACAGGAAUUUGAGAGGUCGCGAGUUUUUAGACCCAGGUUAUUACUUCGGGGCUCCCUAGGCAUGGGCCAGCAGUACCUGGCAGGCGCUCUUUUGCACGACUUUGAAGGUCUUCAUGUUCAAUCAUUUGAUCUCCCGACACUACUCAGUGACUCAACUCGGUCGCCCGAAGCGGCAAUCAUCCAGCUCUUCGCUGAAGUCAAACGACACAAGCCCAGUGUUAUUUACAUCCCAGGCCUUCAAAACUGGUCUGAAACCGUUGGCCAGGCCGUGAUAUCUACCUUCAUGGGCCUUUUACGAUCGAUACCUCCUACUGACCCUGUUCUGCUGCUUGGAAUCAUGGAAACUUCCGAAGACAUUGACCCUGCGCUAAUGAGGAAUUUAUUUGGCUACUCAAAGCGAAACAUCUUUGAGCUCACAGCGCCGGGUAAUGAGGCGCGGCGUGAAUAUUUUGCUAAAGUGGUUGAACUAAUCAAAGCCUCGCCUUCUCAUCUCCCGGAUCCUGAUAAUCGGAAGAAGAGACAGCUUGAAGAUUUGGAGGUAGCGCCGCCGCCACCACCGCCGGAGAAGGCUCCGCUUUCGAAGGAACAACAGAAAGCUCAGAAGAAGAAAGAUUACCAGACACUGAACCUCUUGAAGAUCCGUAUUCAGCCAAUUAUGGACCAAAUCAAGAAGUACAAGCGGUUUAGGACGGGUGUCAUUGAUGAGUCCCAGAUCCGGUACCUGUGGGAAGAGGAAGAUCCUAAUCUUGUUACGAGUGAUCUCCCGAUCGAGCAGCGCACAACGUUUCGACCAUUUGAAAAGGCGCAUGACAAGCAUGGGGUUCUAGGUCUUCGGGAGACCGUGUCUGGCAAAUUUUUCUACAACUUGGAAAUUGUGACCAUCGAGAAACGACUCUCCAACGGGUACUACAAGCGACCCAAGGACUUUUUGGCGGAUAUCAAACGGCUAGCCAAGGACGCGCGGCAGCUCAAUGAUCAAGAACGAUUGCUCCGUGCGAACGAACUUCUCUCAAAUGUUGAGGUGGAUAUCGCUACCAUUGAACAGGCGGAGCCGGCACUCAUGGCUGAAUGUGAGAAUGUAUACCUUCGUGAGCUGGAGCGGGAAAAAGUCGCGCUGGAAAAGGCGAGGAAGGCCCAAGAGGAGGAAAAUGCCAUUGCUUCUCGUGUUAUAGAUAACAGGGUCCCCCAUGGAAACACAGAUUCCGACCCGUCGAGUGGCCCUGUGGUGCUUGGAGCAUCGUUCCCAGAUCUCGGUCCUCAAAUACCUGGUCGGCCUAUUACGCCUCCACGGCGGUCAACUGUCAGCUUCAUGACGAAUGGUUAUCAUCGGGGCGAUGGGUCGGAUUUGAACGAUUCGAAUCCGACCAACGGCUCGCAUGAUAUCAACCCUGAUGGCGAUGGGGACACUUAUAUGACCAACUCUGACCAGUCAACUGGUAAGGAUACCCAGACAAGCUCGUUCGGGCCCGCUGCGCAGCCUAAACCGGCCUAUUCUAUGACGGCUCCUUCUCAGCAGGUGAGGCGGGAGUCAGGGCUUUCGAGCUUCUCGCAGAAAGGACCCAUGACCCCCAUGGCUCCGGGAUCGCAACCGGCAGACUACACUAACGAAGCCUCGACCACGCAAACGACAUCUGACAAGAAGUCAUCGGAGCAGUCUUCCCACCCACAACACUACACCCAAAGUCCUAUUGUCAUUCACGGCACGCGGCACGACUACCCCGACCUUACCCUGUAUCCCGAUCGUGUCUCGCAAGAGGAACACCUUCCUGAUACCCAGCAAGGUGAUAGCAGCCAGCCGUCUCCUCCCCAGCUACGCGAAUCCCAGGGUUCGCGCGUCGAAAUCCAGUCACAGCCUAAAUCGCAGCCUCCUGUACCCCUUUUCGACGCCGCUUCUAGACAGCCAACCGCUCUGCAGGCCCUCCUCAAUGACGAGGACGAGUCGCCAAAAUUGAUCAUCGACCAUGACUACGUCCGGGAAUUGCAUAAGGAGAUGACACAGCGCACGAGCGGAUGCUCUGUCGAGCAGCUUGAGCAGAUCAAUACGGCGCUGAUGGAUGUCCUCUGGCAUACCCGCAGCGAUUGGAACCGCAGCAAAGUGGCCGCUGGGAUACAACACGCCUUCAACGAUGUCCUCGAGGACAUGCAGGCCGUGCAGGAGAUCGGGCCGAUCAGUCAGAAGACGCAGGAACAACUCCGCUCGAUUUACUAG